UGACCAUUAAUACUAUACUGCGUCUGAUGCCCUCACAACGUUAUCGUAAGAUCCGUGUCACGCGACGUGCGGCUGUGCAUCCAAAGUCGCCACACCUCACUAACUAAACCUUGCUAACAGUUGGACGGCUUCGUGCUCUGUCGAUGCACACAUUUUCUUCAUUAGUUGCUCGUCUUCCUCCUCAUCUCUGUAUAUAAGGUGGCCUCUCCUCUUCUUCCUCCUAUCCAACUCAGUUAAAAGAGUGAAAAGAAAGCUUAGCAACCGAGAAUGAGUAGCAGUUACGUCGGCCAGGGGACGAGGCGUGGCAAGCACCUUCGCUCGGCCCGCCCCAUCCCCAAGCGAGGGCAGGUAAAGAUGGCCAUCGCAGUGGGGCUCCUUCACUCCGUCUCGGCCUUCCUCUCCCAUGCCACCCGCUCCGCUUCCUUCGGCCGCCUCACACGAGCCGCUUCUCUAUCCUAGUUUGUUGCUCCCUCAGGAGGAGGAGUCGAAUAAGGAGGCGGCGGCCCUCGUAUAUCCUGCGUGCACUAUCAUCACCAUCUCAAGUUUUGGUCUUCUUUUAAUAGAACAUCACAUCUCAGAACUCGUAGUUGUCGGAUGUAUCACCUUCCAUAAUAAAAAUCUCCCCUCCCCUGUUGCUUUCUUCUGGUAGAAACAUGCCAUCCGAAAUCUAAGCAGUCUUCCUUUGGACGACCGCAUCUGAUGCUAAGUUCGAUGUGGCUUAUGCAAUGGCUGUUUCUUGCUCCGGCUUAUAGCCACCAACAGACGCCACACCAUCUUGGGACUUGGCUUAACGCUGUCACAGGACGGAGAGAAGACGAUAACAUGCCAUGACCGAAAAUAACAACGUCAGGAAGAAGACGACGACGACGAAGACGAUGGAAUCGAAUGGGGGGGGGUUUCUCCGAUACAAACUCCGUGUGCAGUAUCGAAACAAACGAAUUCGCGAACGACCUCUACGAUGGGUGACGACAGCAUCGUUCGGAGAGUGCUGAAUUCCUCGUCUCCUUCCUCCGGUCUAUAAGUCCCAUCGGCAUGCGCAGGGAGGGAGGAGCCCAGUCCUCUUCCGCAGUGAGGAACGAAGAGGGGAUGGCCAUUCACCACCACGAGACCGCGAUCGACAUCGCCCCGCCGGCGGUCUUCACCGGGGGCCUCGAGUUCUCCGAGCUGACGUACACCGUGAGCAAGAAGCAGAAGGUGGGCGGGGGGUGGGAGAAGCAGGAGGUGGACCUGCUCCGCCGGAUCACCGGGUACGCGCCCAAGGGGCGCAUCACGGCCGUCAUGGGCCCGAGCGGCGCCGGCAAGUCCACCUUCCUCGACGGUCUGGCCGGCCGGAUCGCGAGCGGCAGGCUUAAGGGGAGGGUGUCUCUCCACGGCGAGGAGAUGAGCCCCGGCCUCAUCAAGCGCGUCUCGGCCUACGUCAUGCAGGACGACCGCCUGUUCCCCAUGCUCACCGUCUACGAGACGCUUAUGUUCGCCGCCGACUUCCGCCUCGGCUCAAUCCCUCGCUCGCAUAAGAAGCAUCGGGUGGAGCAGCUCAUAGACCAACUCGGUUUGACGUCGUCGAGGAACACGUACAUCGGCGACGAAGGCACGCGCGGGGUGUCGGGAGGCGAGCGGCGGCGGGUAUCGAUCGGCGUGGACAUCAUCCACGGGCCGGCGCUGCUGUUCCUGGACGAGCCCACGUCGGGGCUCGACUCCACCAGCGCCCACAGCGUGAUCGAGCGGGUGUUCGACAUCGCGCGGUCCGGGAGCACCGUCAUCCUCACCAUUCACCAGCCGUCCCACCGCAUCCUGAUGCUGCUCGACCACCUCAUCGUCCUCGCCCGCGGACAGCUCAUGUUCAUGGGAGCCCCUCGGGACGUGGGCGGCCAUCUCAGCCGCAUGGGCCGCAAGGUCCCCAGCGGCGAGAGCGCCGUCGAGUACCUCCUUGACGUGAUCCAGGAAUACGAUCAGUCGGGGCUCGGCGUGGAGGCGCUGGCCGAUUUCUGCCUCACCGGGCUGAAGCCGCCUCGCGUCUCCAACGACGGCGACCACCAUUCCAUCUCGACAGUCCACCAAGCAGCAGGGGAGUGGUCCGCCGCAGGCGACGGACAACGUCGAGGGCCAGAUGAGUUCGACCACAGCCUUCGGAGCCCCUGGUCCUCAUCCAGAUCCCCGUGGGGCGGCAGCCAUAGCGGCAGCGUGAUCAUGGACAGGCUACGGCAUCGGAAGCCACAGCAGCAGCGGAGGCGAGUCGUCUCUCUCGUUUCCUACAUUACAUACUCCAAUGAGAUCCGGUCGAGGUCGUCGACCCCGCACAGCGAGUACACGGUGAACGAGGAGGACUACCUGUCCCCGAACUUGGAUGAGUGCGGCCGGCACACCGCCCAUGACCUGCGAGGCCUUCCCAAGUUCGCCAAUUCCUACUCGGCAGAGGCGUGGACGCUGAUGCGGCGCAACUUCAUCAACAUCCGGCGCACCCCCGAGCUGUUCCUUUCCCGUCAGAUGGUGCUCACCGUCAUGGGCUUUAUGAUGGCCACCAUGUUCCUGAGGCCCAAGGACGACCUCCAGGGCGUCUCCAACCGCCUCAGCUUCUUCAUCUUCACCGUCUGCCUCUUCUUCUUCUCCUCCAACGACGCCGUCCCGGCCUUCAUCCAGGAGCGUUUCAUCUUCGUGCGCGAGACGUCCCACAACGCCUACCGCGCCUCCUCCUACACCAUCGCCGGUCUCGUCACCUACCUCCCUUUCCUCCUGCUGCAGGCCGCCACCUACGCCGGGAUCGUCUGGUUCGCCCUCCGCCUCCACGGCGACUUCCACUACUUCCUCAUCAUGCUCUACGCCUCCCUGCUCGCCACCAACUCCUUCGUGGUCUUCGUCAGCUCCGUCGUCCCCAGCUUCAUCCUGGGCUACGCGGUGGUCAUCGCGUUCACGGCCCUCUUCUUCCUCUUCUGCGGCUACUUCAUCAGCCGCACCAGCAUCCCAAACGGGUGGAAAUGGAUGAACACCAUCUCCACCCUCAAGUACACAUACGAAGGCCUGCUGACGAACGAGUUCGUGAGGGACCGCGUCUUCUUUCACGACCCCUUCGAGAACCGCCCCGUGAACGGCGCCGACGUCCUGCGUCAGCUAUCCAUCAGCACCUCAGAGUCAUACAAGUGGAAGAUGGUUCUCUACCUCGUCGGCUGGGCGGUGCUCUAUCGGAUGUUCUUCUACCUCAUCCUCCGCUUUGCGUCCAGGAACCUGAGGUCGUGAAGUCGCAGAUAACCUUCGUCGUUCUCACUUCAUCGA